AUGAGCUGUACUGCCUCAGCUUCAGGAGGUGUCCACAGGACCGCAGUCGGUCCACGCCAGGCGAUCCCCUCUGAGGACGACGACGAGCCCGACCACGACACCACCGGCGGACGACCACUGCCUCCUGAGCCACCACGACACUCUUCCUUCGAGCCGCGACAGCAGCGGAAGAGGCGCUUUGGAGAGCCACAGGCAGCGAGACCAUCAGGUGCAGCUCCACGUCGAGACCGACCGCGCCGACAGACCACACACCGCCGACUAGAGCUCCGCCGGACCAGUACGUGCCUUACACCACGGAGCGAGCUGCGCCCACCACCGUCCCCACUUACACGCAGGAGAGCAUGCAGGAGGAUCUCGACGACUUCAUCUACGGACGCCGCUGAUGCUCUCUCCUGA